AAUAGUCCAAUAAUGAUUCGUCCUGCUGCUCGAGUUGUAUCUGCUUCCUCUCGCCGUCUGUCUGCAUAUGUGCCUUCUGCGACCAAUGCCUUGUUUUGCAGGACUCUACCAUCUGCCGUUUGCUCUUUUUCCACCGGAUCGCUCGAUGGAACUCCUGCUCCACUUCUGGCCAAGAAUUUGCAAGUUCAACUCACUCAAUCUCCAAAGAAGAUGUUGCCUUUGAACCAGUUGGUCUUUGGUCAGACUUUUUCGGAUCAUAUGCUGAUAGCCGAUUGGACUUCCCAUAAAGGAUGGGCCAAUCCCAAAAUUCAACCGUAUGGAAAGAUUUCUUUGGAACCAUCUGCAACUGUCUUCCAUUAUGCGGUCGAGUGUUUUGAAGGCAUGAAAGCCUACAAGGACAAGCAAGGCAAGAUUCGUCUUUUCCGUCCAGAGAUGAACGUCAACCGUUUCUACAAAUCUUGUAAACGGCUAACUCUUCCAACAUUUGAGCAUGAUGAGAUGCUUGAGCUGAUUAAACAGUUUGUCAAGGUCGAGUCCAACUGGAUCCCUAGCGAGCGUGGAUACUCGCUGUAUCUACGCCCUACUGCUAUAGCCACUCAAGAGUCACUUGGUGUUGGUCCAUCCAAUCGCUCCAUGUUCUUUUUGAUUGCAUCUCCCGUUGGUCCCUACUACAAAACUGGAUUCUCUGCAGUGUCAUUGUACUCUUCCAAGGACCACGUUCGUGCAUGGCCCGGUGGUACUGGUGAUUCUAAGCUUGGUGCCAACUACGCUCCUGGAAUUCGUCCCCAGAUCGAGGUUGCCAAAGAGGGUUAUCAGCAAAUUCUUUGGCUUUUUGGACCCAACCAUAACAUUACUGAAGUCGGUACCAUGAACUGUUUCCUUUACUGGAUCAACGAGGAUGGUGUUAAGGAACUCCGUACUCCUCCCCUUGACGGUACAAUUCUUCCAGGUGUUACUCGUGAUUCUAUUUUAGAACUCUCUAGAGAAUGGGGCGAGUUCAAGGUUACUGAAGGAGAAAUUUCCAUGACAACUCUUUCCAAGGCCAUUGAUGAGGGCCGUGUUCUAGAAAUGUUUGGUGCUGGUACUGCAGCCAUUGUCAGCCCCAUCAAGCGCAUUCGCUACCAGGACAAAGACUUGACAAUUCCUCUUGAUCCCAAGGAUUCCACUUCCCAGGCAGGUCCUCUCACCAAGCGUUUUGCCGAUACCAUCAUGGGAAUCCAGUACGGCGAGAUUCCACACAAGUGGUCUGUGGUUCUCGACUAGGCUAUUCAUCAAACAAUGUAUUUGUGAUGUUUUUUUGACGGCACGUCGAUUUAACCAGCAGCUAAUAGGACUCGUGUUUUUUGUGAGCUGUUGAUUGCAAUAAAACAAUCGACCGUAUUCUUUUAUCGUCCAUCUAUAGCUU